GAUAAUAUUUAUACGAAUGUGCAAAAUGUAUGUGGUGCGCGUGGUGGGGGCGUGAGUCAGGUGUCUGGGUGGAGCCAUCUGUUGGUGGCUUGAGGAGGGAGGCGCAGCAGCAGCCCGCGGUGUAAACAGUCAAGUGUCAAGUGGUGCGUGGGGUAGGCGCGUGCCAACACCUCCGGGGCGCCCUUAAUGAAAUGAGUUCACGGUGUUAGUGCUGGCGGGGUCCACUAAUGGAGAUGGAGGAGACCAUAGUGGAGGAGUGGCUCAGGUCCCUCCAGCUGGAGCAGUACGCCGAUUCUUUCAUCGACAACGGCUACGAUGACCUGGAGAUCUGCAAACAGAUCGGUGCCCCCGACCUGGACGCCAUCGGUGUGGUGAACCCGGGGCACAGGACCUCCCUGCUCAAUGCUGUGCUGCUGCUGCGGGAGGAGGGCGCCGCCUCUGUCUACUUCACGGUGGAGGAGGCUCAGCUGGCCUCCCGCGACCACUCUUCCCUGCGUAACUCCAGUGGAUCGCGGGGCCGUUCCUCCCGCUCCUCCCGGGGCUCAGGCUCCACCGCCUCCACUCCGGGUGACCCUCCCGUCCCCGUCACGCUUCCCGUGGCUUCCUCCAACACCCCCGCCAGGUACCUGGACGCCUAUGAGGCCGGGCGAGCAGAACUUGUCCGUCUGCCACACACGCAGCUGAGCGGCCUGCUGAAGGAGAGGCUGGUGCAGGACGCCGUGGACCUUGCGGCGCACCCCUACACCACACAGGACGGGCAGCGCGGGGUUCUGGAGGGGCUGGCGUCGCGUUAUGCAGACCAAUUUAGCACUCACUACCAAGAUGUCUUUGACCACCUGGACCGCCUGCGCCUGGAUGCCUGGAACCAGCUGAUUAAACGUGUCAAGAACCCUGAGCCUCCCGCCCCGGCUUCCCCGCCCCCGCCAGACCCCGGUUCCCCUAAGCACCAGGAGGAGGUUGAGGGGGUGGUGGUGCUGGCUCUCCUCCCCUGCAGCCACGCCCCCCUGGCUCCUCCCACGCCUCGUCCCACUCCUCGUCUCCCGAUCACCGAUACUACGAUGAUCAUCCGAUUUACGUACCUGGCCGCUACAACCCGUCCAGUUGUCUCUCGGACGCGGAGGAGGAUCAGAUAUACGGGUACCCAGGGGGCUUCCGGGGCACGGCGCACCGCCCCCGACCCUCGCCCACAGCAACCACGCCUUCGUCCACGACACCCACGGGUGUCUGAAUCCUCGCUCUACUCUUAUCUACGAGCUGCCCCCUGUAGGAGACGUGAGCCGGGGAGCUAAUGGCAAGAAGCGGCUGGGCAUCGGCAAGUUCCUGAAGACGUUGAAGCGAGACCUGAAGCGAUCCUCUGGCACCUCCAAGAACAACAAGAACAAGCUAACCCACAACCUCAACAAUCUCCCCAGGAGCUACGGUGAGGGAGGGCUGGCCACCACGCCCCUGGUCAUGCUCCCCGGGUACUCCUCCCCCGCCUCCUCCCGCGGAUCCCACUCCAGCCACUCCCACUCCAGCCAUUCCCACUCCAGCUCCCACUCCACCAACGCCGCCUUCGUGUCGGCCUCGGCCCCGGGCACCCCAGGGUCAUCAGGGCCCAUCAGGGACUCCGGCCUCCAGGAGGCCAUAGAGCGGCUGAAGGAACAGGAGAUGCAGCGGCGACGGGAGGAGCAGUUCCGGGAGCACGAACAG